AUGAACAUCGGCAGGAGUAAUCCACACGGCAACCGACUAUUGUUCGCUGGCUUCAAUCAGGAUCAAGGAUGUUUUGCUUGUGGUAUGGAUAAGGGCUUUAGAGUUUACAACUGUGACCCUUUAAAAGAAAAAGUGCGCCAAGACUUUCCAGAUGGUGGCCUUGCCUUUGUAGAAAUGUUAUUUAGGUGUAAUUAUUUAGCUAUGGUUGGUGGAGGCACAUCACCAAAAUAUCCAACAAACAGAGUUGUUAUCUGGGAUGAUCUGAAAAAAGAUUCUGUGAUUACUUUGGAGUUCAACACACACGUGCUAUGUGUGCGGCUAAGAAGAGAUAGAAUAGUUGUUGUGCUUGAAGGUGUCAUCAAAGUGUACACGUUCACGCAGACUCCACAGCAGCUACAUGUCAACAAUUCAUUAUUAGCAUUCCCGGGGCGAAAAAUGGGACAUGUUCAAUUGGUAGAUCUAGCAGAUACAGAUAAACCUCCUCUGGAUAUUGCUGCACAUGAAACCCUCUUAGGAUGUAUAGCUCUUAAUUUACAGGGUACAAGACUGGCUACAGCGUCUGAAAGAGGAACUCUAAUAAGAGUAUUUGACACAAAGUCUGGAAAUAUGUUAUAUGAAUUUCGAAGAGGAACUAAUACAGCUCAAAUUUAUUGUAUUAACUUCAAUGCGGAUUCAACUAUGAUGUGUGUGGCUAGUGAUCAUGGAACCAUUCAUAUAUUUGCACUAGAAGACCAAAGUUUAAAUAAACAGUCAAUGCCCAAUGGACCACAGUGUGUUUGUGCAUUUGGAUCAGAAAACAAUUGUAUCAUAGUAAUUUGUGCUGAUGGAAAUUACUACAAGUUUGUGUUCAAUCAAAAGGGCGAAUGCUGGAGAGAUAUUUGUGCUCAAUUUCUAGAAAUAACUAAUGAUAAUAACAUUAUUAGUUGA